AUGGUACAGAAACCGAAUGGUAGUUGGAGAAUGUGCGUAGAUUAUAAGGAUCUGAACAAGGCAUGCCCACGCGACUGUUACGCCUUACCAGAUAUCGAUGAAAAGAUUGAUUCGCUAGCAACAUUCAGAUGGAAGUGCUUCCUCGACUGUUACAAGGGGUACCACAAGGUUCAGAUGGCCGUCCAAGAUGAAGAGAAAACCGCAUUCCGUACGCCAACAGGGCUAUACUGCUACACCAAAAUGCCUUUUGGCCUAAAGAAUGCAGGGGCGACCUAUCAGAGAUUGAUGAAUGAAACGUUCAGUGAUGCCAGCAGCAAAUACAUCGAAGUGUACAUGGAUGACUUAGUCAUCAUGAGCAAAGAAGAAAGUAUGAUGCUGGGGAAUAUUCAGAAGACGUUCGACACACUGCGCGGUGUAAGUAUCAAGCUAAACCCAGCGAAAUGUUCUUUCGGCAUGGAAGAAGGAAAGUUCCUGGGUUUCAUUGUCACGAAAGACGGUCUUAAAGUAAAUCCUGAGAAGGUACAAGCAAUCGAGAGAAUGCCUUCUCCAUCAACUAUCAAAGAGAUGCAAAAAUUGGUAGGACGGCUGGCAGCACUCAACCGCUUCCUAGCCAAUCACGCAGCUAAAUCUUUCCCGUUCAUCAAGACACUCCGCAACUGCAUGAAGAAAAGCCAAUUUCAGUGGACUCCGGAAGCCGAGAGCGCAUUCCGUGAGAUGAAAGAUUGCCUCAUAAGGUUGCCAACAUUAACGGCACCAGUGAAAGGAGAACCUCUGGUAUUAUAUCUAUCAGUAUCCGAUAGAGCAGUCGGAGUAGUUUUACUCGUCGAUCGCCAAGGUGUCCAAACACCGGUUUACUAUGUGUCUCGUACUUUGACCGAUCCAAAAACUCGAUAUGCCAUAAUGGAAAAACUAGUGCUAGCACUAAUCCAUGCAUCAAGACGGCUGCGCAGGUACUUUGCCAACCACGUCAUUCACGUAUUAACAAAUUACAACAUCCUCGCAAAGCCAGAGAUUUCGGGGAGAUUAGCAAAGUGGGCGAUAGAACUGGGAGGUCAUAAUGUAGUUUUCAGACCAAGACCAGCAAUCAAGGGCCAGGUGCUAGCUGAUUUCAUGACAGAAGUGCCUGAUGACAAAGAUCGGGAGUGUAAGGCAAUGGAGAAAGCUGAAAGGCAGCAAACAAAAGAACCAUGGCUAUUAUACACAGAUGGCGCGUCUAAUGAAGACGGCGCAGGCGCAGGGCUUAGGCUGGUAAGCCCUGACAAACAUGAAUUCACGUACGCCAUAAGGCUAGAUUUCAAAAGCACGAAUAAUGAAGCCGAAUACAAAGCCUUCCUUGCUGGUUUGAGAUUGGCAGUCAAGAUGGGAGUCAGACAUAUUGAGGCGCAUGUGGACUCAAUGUUAGUAGCCGGACAAAUCAAUGGGCAGUAUGAUGCCAAAGGAGACGUGAUGGCGCUCUACUUGAACCAAGCAAAAACAUUGCUACAAAACUUCUAUUCCUACAAAGUGCACCACAUUAACAGGAGUGAGAAUAAACCAGCAGACGCGCUGAGUAAACUCGCAUCCACAAGUUUUCAGCACCUAGCCAAAGAUGUGCGCAUAGAAGUUUUGAGCAACCCAUCGGUACCACUAAGAGAAGUAAGCGUUAUUCAGGUGGGCACAACGUCAUGGAUGACUCCGAUAAUCAUUUACCUUCAAUCUGGGAUACUACCGGAGAAUAAAGCUGAGGCAAGAAAAGUUCAAUACAAGGCCGAGCACUACCAAAUGGUUUAUGGAAUCCUGUACCGGAAAUCAUACCUCGGGCCAUUAUUGAGAUGUGUUGAGCCAGAAGACGCGAGAUACUUGAUCAGAGAAGUACAUGAGGGAAUCUGUGGCAUACAUGUCGGACCAAGAAUGGUGGUAGCAAAAGUGAUGAAUGCUGGGUACUACUGGCCCGGAAUGCACCUAGACGUAGUAAAGAUUUUAAGAAAAUGCAGCGGCUGCCAGAGGCACGCACCAAAAAUGAUGCGCCCCAAAAACGAACUGGUCCCAGUAACGACGGCAUGGCCUUUUAAGCAGUGGGGGAUAGAUAUGAUCAUAUGUCGCUUCGGGCUGCCACUACGAAUCAUCACCGACAACGGGACGAACUUUGCUACAGAAGAUCUUCAACGAUGGUUCAAAGAAUUACAGAUCGAAAAUACCUUCUCCUCGGUUGCGCACCCGCAAGGGAAUGGGCAAGUGGAAGCCGUUAACAAAAGCAUUGUCAACGGCAUCAAAGCACGACUAGGAGAGCAAAGAAGAGGCUGGGUUGACGAAUUGCCCAGCAUAUGA